AUUUAAUUAGCUUUAUUUUCUCUAUAUAAAUUUAUUUUUUUGUCAUAUUGGGAGCCUUUCGAAGAUGUUAAGAAAAAAAUUAUUUUGAAUAUGCGAAUAGUGUUUAACAAAACGAAAAAUGGAAAGCUUGUGUCGAUACAUUUUCGAAUAAAAAGUGAGACUUCAUAGCCAAUAGCGCAAAGGUUUUUUGGUUCAAAAAAUGGUUCGAUUACCAGAGGAUUGUGAUUAACAGUGAAAGUUUAUACCUGCGGAAAAAACGGAAUAUAAAACAAAGCUUGUUUUUGACUGCGUAACUUUAUGCGAACUGCAUUAAAGUAUGGUGUGGCUGUUGCUAAAAUUACUACACUUUCCUAGACAUAACGGUGACAACGAAUAGCUGUAUAUUUCUUCUACUUAUUUCCUUCUUUAAUUUGUUACUGCCAUUUUAUAAUACUCAAUGCUAAACGUAGCUUUUUUGUUAUUUGGUAGUCGUUUAUUAUUUGUGAGAGCUGGUUGCAAUUUAGCUCAAUUUACGUCAUUAUAUUGAGCGGAAAGUGAACGGAAUUGCGAACGAUCGCACCAUCGCCAACAGUUGGUCUACGCACCACCGGUACCAUACCACUGCCCCUACAAGUGAUUGGCCAAAAACUUGUUAAGCUGUUACUUUUAUUGUAACUGAUUUUUUUUUUUUGGUGAUAAAUAUAUUUUUUGUGUAUAUUUUGUAAUCAAUAUUUCUACUGAAUACGUGUAAAUACUUGUUUUUCAAAAUAGUGUACAGCAAAUAGUGUAAAAGUGAAGUGGAGCUACGGGUUAGAAACUACAGUUAAUCAAUUUAGUUCUAAAAACGGAUAACGCCAGCUAACAACAAAAUGGGACUUUUAAUUUCAAAAUUAUGGAGCAUGUUUGGCAAUGAAGAGCACAAAUUAGUGAUGGUUGGCUUGGAUAAUGCUGGCAAAACCACAAUACUCUAUCAAUUCCUUAUGAAUGAAGUCGUACACACCAGCCCCACAAUCGGCUCCAACGUGGAGGAGGUGGUGUGGCGGAAUAUACACUUUCUGGUGUGGGACCUGGGCGGACAGCAGAGUUUGCGCGCCGCCUGGAGCACUUAUUAUACAAACACAGAGUUUAUUAUUAUGGUCAUCGAUUCGACGGAUCGCGAACGCUUGGCUGUUACGCGCGAGGAACUGUAUCGUAUGCUGCAGCAUGAAGACCUCUGCAAAGCCAGUCUAUUAGUUUAUGCAAAUAAACAGGAUCUCAAGGGUGCUAUGUCAGCCGCGGAAAUUUCACGUCAAUUGGAUUUAACCUCGAUUAAGAAACAUCAAUGGCAUAUACAGGCGUGUUGCGCGCUCACCGGCGAGGGGCUUUAUCAGGGGCUCGAGUGGAUCGUGCAGCGCAUCAAAAAGAAAUGACAGACGUCAAAUAUGGACUGCGAUAGUAUAUAGCUAAUUAAAUAAUACAAUUUUAUAUAUGUAUGUAUGUAUGUAAAGAAUCUUUAUGAUAACAAAAUGUAAAAAAAAAUAAGAGAAAAUAGAAAAUAGAAAAUAACAAAACAAAAAAAAAAAGGAAAAUUUAACAUACAUUAUAUAAAAGCGCAUAGGUUAAUAAUUUUUUUUCUUUCAAAUAAGUUUAUAUAAAAAAUUAUUAUUUUUUUUUUUCAAAUAAGUUUAUAUAAAAAAGUUAAUAUAACUGUUUGUAUAUUAAAAAUAAAGUUUUUGUGAGCGUAGCCUUAACUAUUUGUAGGCUGCAAGCAGACAGCGUUGCAUAAAGUUUAACGGAAAUUGAUAACGACAAACGCUUUAGCGGCGCGUGACUGCGCUGCAAGCGCUGAGUUUAGUUUAAGUAAGUUUAAGUUGCAAAACAUAUAAACCAAUUGUUACCAAUUUGUGCGUUAGAUAAAAUUUUCAAAAUUCGCGCUUCUCAAUUUAUAGUUUAUAAUUACAUUUGGGAUGCUUAAAAUAAAUUAAGAAAUUUUUCAAAUUCCAUUUUGAGAUUUCUCUAUUUUUAAUUGUUAACAAUUCACCGGCGCUACCGAUUAUAUUUAAUGAAUGAGUGAUUUAGUGCUGAAUACAAUGCGGCAGCUAUUAUAUAAAAUGUAUGAAAUCCAUAUACGCAUGCAUGUAUGUGUACAAAAACAACAAAUUAUGUAGCGGCACGCCUGUUAGACGAACAGUAGAGCCGUUGUAAUGGUUCUUAGUGCCAGCGUGUUUGAUUUAUAAAACGUUUGCAUGUAUUGUAUUUAAAGAAAAUUGAAUCUUCCAUUAAAUAAUUAUAAACAUUAUGUUAAAUAUUGAGAUAGUACAUAUAUAAACAUAUAAAUAAAUAUGUGUAAGUGUAGUAACACUAAACUGAGCGUGUGCACAACGCACUCGUUACAAUUACACAAACAUAUAUGUAUGUUUUUUUUCAAUAAUUGUGUAGCAGCAGUGUUGUACAACUAAUUUGCCUACAUACAAACAUACAUAUCGUCAACUAAAAUGCAAAACAACGCAACGUCAAAAAUCGAAAUUGAGUUUUUUAUUGCUUACGAUUCAUAACAUAUAUGUAGCAUUAAAUUCAUCAGCUUUUGUCAGACAUAACCAAUAUGUAACCGUUGUAUAACCACUAUAUAACCAAUAUAUAACCACUUUAUAACCAAAACUCAAAUUUUGUUUCAGUUUGAAUGGUUUCUAUUUUAUCGUUUUUCCUUCGGCUGCCAACUUAUGAAUGUCCCGUUAUUUUGCAUUUUAGUUGACGUUAUGUAUUUACAGUAAUAAUUAUAAACCAGCAUUCUACAUACAUACAUUCGCCUGCUGCGUUUAGUAAAUCAGUAAUAGUAACGAAAAAGUAAUCAAUAGUGAGCGCUUAUUAAACGAAAUGUAUUUAAAAAUAUUUCUAAAGCAACGAAGUUAGAGCUGCUCACUUGCUUGCUCUUUGCCACCGUGUAGUAACUUUAUGUAUAGUCUUUUACAUAGGGAAACAGUGAGAUUUACUUAGCACAGAGAUGUCAUUUGCCAAAAUAUAACAACAAAUUAAACAUAAAAUUAAAUGAAAUCAAUAAAUAAUAUGUCUAUUUGUAAGUAAGUUUAACCAAAUUAAGCGAUUUUUAAGAGAAAAGUUAUGCUAACGCAAUAAAUAAAAACAAAAAUUAAUUUUA